UGUGUAAUGGGGUGGGGGGUACUAAUAUCGUCCCACCUCUCUCUCGCCCAGUCAAGGCGCUCCAAACUUGCAGAGAGCAAACUCUCCAAAGAGUUCUUACCUCCUGCUUCAGGACUGCUCUGAGCCGGAGGGAGACACGGAAAGUUGCAAACAGAAAACAAAACAAACUCUGAAGUGGAGCGCGUCAGGGAAUGGCGAGAAGGCGGAAUGGUCCUCCUGUCGAGUUGCUUAAGUGAGCCCAGAGGCCACCGGUAGCGUUUUUACUUAGCCUACUUCAAAAAAGGGCAGUUUAAAAGAGAAAAACAGAGUAGGAGAGAGAUAAAAGUCGCCCGAGCCCUGACCGUCACAAGUGUCCUGUCACUGCAGCGCGAUGGUGUUUUCGCCGGGAUUCAGCUGCGUCCUGCUGAGCGCGCUGCUGCUGCAGACUGUGGCACCCUGGGGCGCAGACCUACCGGCCAGACCCAGACCCAGGCAGUGCGACGCACCAAAGUCGCAAAGCGACCUGAAUUCUUUCCUGUGGAGAGUAAAGCGUGCACCUCCUCACCCGCCCUCUUACUUGUUUGGUACCAUCCACGUGCCCUACACCCGCGUCUGGGACUACAUCCCCAACAGCUCCAAGCAGGCUUUCCAGAACAGCAAUAAUGUCUUCUUUGAGCUAGACUUGACUGACCCACUGACUAUCUCCAAACUGACGAGCUGCCAGCUGCUUCCCCAUGGAGAGAACCUGCAGACAUUACUACCUCGAGACCUGUACCGCCGCCUCAAGCGACACCUGGAUUAUGUCAAACACAUGAUGCCUCACUGGAUGACGCCCGACCAGCGGGGCCGAGGCCUGUAUGCCGACUACCUGUUCAAUGCUAUUGCAGGGAACUGGGAGAGGAAGAGGCCAGUGUGGGUAAUGCUGAUGGUCAACUCCCUGACAGAGUGGGAUGUCCGCUCCCGAGGGACUCCGGUACUGGACCUGUUCUUGGCUCAAGAGGCAGAACGUAUGAGAAAGAUUACAGGAGCGGUGGAGCGGGUGGAGGAGCAGUGUCACCCCCUCAAUGGGCUCAACUUUUCUCAGGUGCUGUUUGCUUUGAACCAGACGCUGCUGCAACAUGAGGGUGUUCGAGCAGGCAGCCUGCAAGGCUCCUACACCACAGAAGAUCUCAUUACUCAUUACAACUGCGGGGAUCUCAGCUCCAUCAUCUUCAACCAUGACACCUCACAGCUGCCUCACUUCAUCAACAGCUCUCUGCCCUCACAUGACCGCAUGACAGCCCAGCAGAUUGACAGCUACUUUCGCCAGGAGCUCAUCUAUAAACGUAAUGAGCGAAUGGCGCAACGUGUGUCUGCCCUGCUGCAGGGAAAACCCAAACAGACUUACUUUUUUGCCUUUGGAGCAGGUCACUUCCUGGGGAACCACAGCGUGCUGCAGAUCCUCAGACAGGAGGGCUACGAGAUUGUCCACAUGCCCUCUGACUAUCAAGAAGCAGUAACAGAGAGUAAAUCAGAUCCAGAGCCGUCUGUGACGGAGUCCAGCAAGGAGAAGUCUGAAAGCAGCACGGCGGCUCCCACCAACAACUCCACCAGUCAGGAGAUGGAGCAGGAGCUGGAAGAGCCCGGUGACAUGCCUGGCCUCGUAGGGGAAGAGCUGCCUCACAUGCUGCUCCCCGACAGCCUGAGCCAGCUCGAGGAGUUUGGACGGCACAAACGGCCCCGCAAAACUCACCGCGGCCUUGGGCGGCCCCGUCUCUUCAGCGACUUGUGGGUUCGCAUGGGUGAUGGUGCAACGCCACCACCCAACAUAAGGAUAAUCAACGGUUAUGUGACAGUGGAGCCACCACUCACCCACCAGGAGCUGCGCAGAUGGGUGGAGAUCUAUAAUGCCGAGCGGCACCAAGCUUCCUCCGUCUCUACAUCACCCAGCCCCAGCUCAGCCGGGCCGGGUCACCGCUCCCUUGCUCUGUCUUGUAUUCUAGCCUGGCUUUUAUCACACGUGCUGCUCACCUCCUGACCACAAGACAGCAUUAUCUCACAGACAAACACUUAAGACCCCGAUGUAUCCAUUCCAGAGCAGGAGAGCGUCUGAUAAACACAAGCACGGAAGGCCAUCAUCAGCACACAACUGGAGAGCAGUUUCAGUCAGGACAUGACGUCUUCGGUCGGGACAGUCUUGCAGUCUGUCUCCAUCGCAGGGGGGAGAUCUGCUCCAGCCUGAAGGAAUGUCAAAUACAUAAAAACGUUCCAGUUUCAAAAUGUGUGAAAUAGGGCUCCCAGCCAUGGCACAAGCGAUGGAUGCACUGUACUGGACUGAACAUGGGAGUCCCAUCCUCAUCUAAGUAUUAAAAUAACAAACAAUUAGAAACAUGAAGAAUUGUAAUUUUGAAGAGCUGAAGUCUGUUCUACCUAUUGAAACUAAUACUGUAUAGGAUAACUAAAUUUACCUUAAUAAUAAGAAUAAAACAUAUUAAUGAUUGUUAUAACUCUAUGAUAAAAGGGUUCAUUUCAUACAGUACUACGUAUGAGGACUCGGUCGCCACUUUGUAAAUUGUGCAUUUUGUUCAUAAAGAAUAUUGUAUAUUUAUUAUUUCUGAAGAAAGAAAAGAUUAUAUUUUCUGGUUAUUUGAAGAUGAAUGAAAAA